AAGCAAUUUUGUAAAUGGCAACAUUGCCGCCCGCCAUAAUUUUGUUUAGCCGAAUUUGAGGUUAAAACUGUUGUAACGACGCCGUCCUUGUUUUUGUUGAAAACUAGUUCGAAAAUAUAAUAAUCAUGAAGCUUGUGAGAUUUCUGAUGAAAUUGAGUCACGAGACUGUGACAAUCGAGCUAAAGAAUGGUAGCGUCGUCCACGGCACAAUCACAGGUGUGGAUGUAGCGAUGAAUACACAUUUAAAAGCUGUAAAAGUUACAUUGAAGAACAAGGAGGAACUUCAACUGGAAACACUAAGUAUACGUGGGAAUAAUAUAAGAUAUUACUUAUUACCUGACAGUCUGCCUAUAGAAACUUUGUUGUUAGACGACGCACCAAAAGGUCGUGGUAAACGUGAAGGUUUUCCGAGAGGUGGUGCUCGCGGCGGCCGAGGCAGAGGUCGCGGAGGCCGAGGCGGGCCAAGAGGCGGCCGCGGCGGCAGAGGUCGUGGAAGACGAUAAUUUAAUUUGUCUAGUUUGUAAGAUUGAAAAGUAUGUGAUUAUAACUUGGACCACCA